AUGCAUAUCUCUAAGCUUGUUUCUGGCGUCGGCCUCGCCUGCAUUGCUAUUACUAGCGCUCAGCCAAUUGAAUCAGGCCAUAAGGCCCUAGCCCGUGACGUUGUCGACCGUCGCGACGUCGUCGAACGGGAUGUCGUUGAUCGCGAUGUUGUCGACCGCCGCGAUGUUGUCGAACGGGAUGUUGUCGACCGCCGCGAUGUUGUCGAACGGGAUGUUGUCGACCGUCGCGAUGUUGUCGACCGUCGCGAUGUUGUCGAACGGGAUGUUGUCGACCGUCGCGACGUCGUCGAACGGGACGUCGUUGAUCGCGAUGUUGUCGACCGCCGCGAUGUUGUCGANUUGUCGACCGCCGCGAUGUUGUCGACCGUCGCGACGUCGUUGAACGGGAUGUCGUCGAGAGGGACGUCGUUGAUCGCGAUGUUGUCGACCGCCGCAACUAACGCAGCACCGCUCACCACUAUUCCUCUAGAUGGAAAAUCCAGAAUCUUUGUCAUCUUAUAA